AUCAGUAAUCUGCCCACCCCACAGCCCCAUCCACUGCUGUACAUACUACGCCCUCUCUUACUACGACUAACAGGACCGGUCCUUGAAAGGUCAUGUCGACCGUCGAGCUAGACCAGAAAAUACAAGAUGUCUUCAAGCGCAUCGAGAAGGAACGUAAAUUCAUCGACGCUUCUCGUUUAAUCAGACAGGCAACAACAAACCCCGAUGUUCUACGUCAAAACGACGCAAAGGUUCGCGAGGCAGAGCGUUCGCUUUCCUAUUUCGAGGACACCCUGCGUGAACUACAGGCUCGCAAGCUGCGCGAUGAUCCUUUAAGAUCGCCGAACCAACCGCUCUUCAAAGUAGCUCGUUCCACUGAUAGAGAUCGUUCACUUCCCCGAAUUCCACCCUCUGAUCACGAUUCUACCCGUGGUGCAUCUUCUAGUGCCACUCUCAUUCCUGGAGAUGAUACAGACGGCGUUCCCAAGGGAAAGCAAUACUCAAAUCUCGAUCUUAUCAAAGCGGAUACCCCCCUUACAACUCCAAAGAUAUCUCGUAUGCUUCAUCAGCUCGAGUUCAAACUGCAGGUCGAAAUGCAGUACAAGAAGGGCAUCGACAAGAUGUCCAAACUCUAUCAGGCAGACGGCGACAAGAAGUCUCGCGCAGACGCAGAGAGCAAACGCGUAGAGAGCGAGAAGAAGAUUCAACUCUUACAAUCUGCCCUCAAAUGCUACAAGAACCUCCAUAUCCUCGAUGACGUCGAGGAAGAAGAACAGCCAGCAGGUCCUGGACCCGAUGGGGAGCGCAAAGAUAAUCUACGCGCAAAACCAUUAUCCGGCAAGCUCUACGUAACCGUUAAAGGAGCACGAGAUCUCGAACAUGCUCCAAUUGUCGCCGGUUUUAGAUCCCGUUCUUCCUCCAAGCAGGUCCGUGAGACCUUCGUAUCCCUCAAAAUCGAAGGAACACAACGCGCUCGCUCUCACCCCUCACGAACCGACCGUUGGAACGAAGACUUUGAGAUCACAGUCGAUAAAGCGAACGAAGUCGAGAUCGCUGUUUAUGAUAAACAAGUAUCCGAAGUGCACCCGGUACCCAUCGGAUUACUUUGGGUGAGAAUCAGCGACCUGGUUGAAGCGCUCAGACGCCAAAAGGUUAUGAUGGACAGUCAGGGUGGCUGGGUGACUGCGGGUGCCAUGGAUGGAGACUCCCCUGUCAAUCGUUCCCCUCAGCACAUGGGAGGCUUCGGCGAUGUGAAUGCGCCACUGAAUAUCGAUCCUGAUGGGGCAGGUAACCAGCCAAGCGGCGCCACGACUUAUACUAGUCAGAAUGAAGGCAUUGAUGCGUGGUUUGCGGUGGAACCAGUUGGUGCUCUUGCUUUACAUCUCAACUUUGUUAAGGAGAACGUGCGCAAGCGCCCGCUGGAUGCUCCCGGUGGGCUCGGCCGUCAGGGUGCUGUUAGGAAACGGAAGGGGGAAGUUCACGAGAUGAAUGGCCAUAAAUUCGUCCAGCGCCAAUUCUACCAGCUGAUGCUCUGUGCCUUCUGCAACGACUUCUUACUCAACGCUCUGGGCUAUCAGUGCGAAGACUGCCGAUACACCUGUCACAAGAAAUGUUACGAGAAAGUCGUCACCAAGUGUAUAUCAAAGUCAAAUUCUGGCGAGGGCGAUGAAGAAAAGAUCAACCACCGCAUCCCCCAUCGCUUUGAGCCCCUCACAAACAUUGGCGCAAACUGGUGCUGCCAUUGUGGCUACAUGCUCCCCCUCGGCCGGAAGAACGCACGCAAGUGCUCAGAAUGCGACAUCACCUGCCAUGCGAACUGUGCACAUCUCGUGCCUGAUUUCUGCGGCAUGUCAAUGGAGACGGCCAACCAGCUCCUCCGUGAUUGGCGCGACAUCAAUCGUGCGCGUGGGGGCAAGGCAGCUGCGGCGACGCGGCCGCCCAUAGCGCCCACCCCGCAAACCCAAACCCAAGUGCUUCCGCCUGUAGAAGUACCGCUCGCCGACAGUUUAGACCGGAUGCAGCUUACGGGCGGAGAAGCGGCUCCUGUAGUUGGGACGAUCGUGGAUGCAUAUGGGCGCCGCACGCCUACACAGGACAGUGUUGAUCCUCGUUAUUAUCAGCAGCAACCGCCGUCUAGUGUUCCUCCUCGUCCUCCCCCAGGUGCUCGGGUCCCUGUGCCCCCUGCUUACCCCAAUGAACAGUUGUUGCCUCCUCCACCACCUCCACCGCCACAGGCGCCUAUGGCAUAUGAGCAAGAAGACUACUCGGUCCCCCAGAAACAGCCUCCCUACCCGCAACCGGGUUUAGCUAUUCAACCUCCUCCUGGGCCCCAAUAUGCACCGCGACCCCAGGACCCUCACUUGAUCCCACCUGUUCAGGCGAUUCCUCCAGCGCAACAGCGACUCUCAACUCGCAAGCGCAAAGUUGGUCUGGACGACUUCAACUUCCUUGCCGUCUUGGGUAAGGGUAACUUCGGUAAAGUCAUGCUCGCGGAGGAGAAAAAGACGAACGGGUUGUAUGCCAUCAAAGUCCUCAAGAAGGAGUUUAUCAUCGAUAACGAUGAAGUGGAGAGUACUCGUUCGGAAAAACGAGUAUUCUUGGCUGCUGCUCGUGAACGGCAUCCGUUCCUACUCGGCUUGCACUCAUGUUUCCAGACUGAGACGCGCGUGUACUUUGUCAUGGAGUACGUUAGUGGCGGUGAUCUGAUGUUGCAUAUCCAGCGCAAGCAGUUCUCGCUUCGCCAAGCCAAGUUUUACGCGGCGGAGGUUCUUCUUGCUUUGGAGUACUUCCACGCGAACGGGAUCAUCUACCGUGAUCUGAAACUCGAUAACAUAUUGCUUACCCUUGACGGACACGUCAAGGUUGCUGAUUAUGGGCUGUGUAAGGAGGAUAUGUGGUAUGGCUCGACUACCAGCACGUUCUGCGGUACUCCCGAGUUCAUGGCUCCCGAGAUUCUACUUGAGCAACGGUACGGCCGCGCCGUAGAUUGGUGGGCGUUUGGUGUCUUGACGUAUGAGAUGCUACUCGGACAAUCACCUUUCCGUGGCGACGACGAGGAUGAAAUUUUUGAUGCGAUCUUGGAGGACGAGCCUCUAUAUCCCAUUACCAUGCCUAGAGAUGCUGUUUCUAUCUUGCAGAAGCUGUUGACUCGGGAUCCCACCCGUCGUUUGGGAUCUGGGAAGGCCGACGCUGAGGAGAUCAAGAGACAUCCUUUCUUCAAGGAUGUGAGCUUUGAUGAUGUCUUGAACAAACGCAUUCCGCCGCCGUACUUCCCCACGAUAAACGGGAGUGCGGAUACCAGCAACUUUGAUGAAGAGUUUACAAAGGAGCAACCAACAUUGACACCUGUUCACGGGCAAUUGUCUUCGAGAGAUCAACAGGAAUUCAGCGGAUUCUCAUGGGUCGCUUCUUGGGCAGAUGUAUGAUCCGGACUCUAUGCAGCAUCGUCAUCUUCUGUCUUGUCUUGUCGCAAUAAUACAUACAUUUGUUUUGUUCUCGUCACCUGUACUU